AUUAAAAAAAAAUAUAUAUAUUUUUGUCGCAAUUUCUACGGGCCAAAAUUUAGGGAUUGUUUUGGCGUAUAGAAUCCCGGAAUGUAAAAAGUUGAAAACCCCCAAAAUUCGGUCACUUUAGAUCAGGGUCUCUCGCGAGACAAAUCCAUCCAUCCACACAUUUCAAACCCUAGCAGUCUCUCCUUUUUCUCCGACUUUCCUCCGACAUGGCUUCACGGAGGCUGGCGGCCUCUCUCCUCCGUUCAUCACUCCACCGAUCUCCAUCAAGAUCUCCAUUUACUCACUCCAGCAGAGCCGCACGCACGCGCUCCCAGUCUCACCCUUCCCCUACUGGUUACUUCCUCAACCGAGCAGUCAACUAUGCUACAUCCGCCGGCGCUGCUUCAUCUCAGCCACCCGCCACUUAUACUGUUCAGGGAUCUACUGAUGGAAAGAUCACUGAUGAGUUCACCGGCGCCGGCUCCAUCGGACAGGUGUGUCAGGUGAUUGGUGCCGUCGUUGAUGUGAGGUUCAGCGAGGGAUUGCCUCCGAUCCUUACCGCUUUGGAGGUUUUGGAUAAUUCGAUCAGGUUAGUCUUGGAAGUAGCGCAGCAUUUGGGGGAGAAUAUGGUGAGGACUAUUGCUAUGGAUGGUACUGAAGGGCUUGUGAGAGGUCAGCGAGUGCUCAACACCGGAUCUCCAAUCACUGUACCUGUUGGCAGAGCCACUCUCGGUCGUAUCAUUAAUGUUAUCGGAGAGCCUAUUGAUCACAGAGGCGAUAUCAAAACCGAUCAUUAUCUACCUAUUCAUAGAGAAGCCCCAGCUUUUGUAGAGCAGGCAACUGAACAACAAAUCCUUGUCACCGGAAUCAAGGUUGUCGAUCUUCUUGCACCAUAUCAAAGAGGAGGAAAGAUUGGUCUCUUUGGUGGUGCUGGAGUAGGAAAAACUGUUCUCAUCAUGGAGCUUAUUAACAAUGUUGCCAAAGCCCAUGGUGGUUUCUCUGUCUUUGCUGGUGUUGGAGAACGUACCCGUGAGGGUAAUGAUCUUUACAGAGAAAUGAUGGAAAGUGGUGUCAUCAAGCUAGGUGACAAGCAGAGUGAGAGCAAAUGUGCUCUUGUGUAUGGUCAAAUGAACGAGCCUCCAGGUGCCCGUGCUCGUGUUGGGCUGACCGGACUGACCGUUGCUGAACACUUCAGAGAUGCUGAAGGUCAAGAUGUGCUUCUCUUUAUUGACAACAUUUUCCGUUUCACACAGGCUAACUCCGAGGUGUCUGCUUUACUUGGGCGUAUUCCAUCUGCUGUGGGUUAUCAACCAACAUUGGCAACCGAUCUUGGAGGGCUUCAAGAACGUAUCACAACCACCAAAAAGGGUUCCAUUACAUCUGUCCAAGCCAUUUAUGUCCCUGCUGAUGAUUUGACAGAUCCUGCUCCUGCCACAACCUUUGCCCAUUUGGAUGCUACCACUGUGUUAUCCAGACAGAUUUCUGAGCUUGGGAUUUACCCUGCUGUUGAUCCGCUUGAUUCAACAUCGCGAAUGUUGUCACCGCAUAUUUUGGGAGAGGAUCAUUACAACACAGCUCGUGGUGUACAGAAGGUUCUUCAGAACUACAAGAAUCUUCAAGAUAUUAUUGCAAUUCUUGGAAUGGAUGAGCUUAGUGAAGAUGACAAGUUGACUGUUGCACGUGCUCGCAAGAUUCAAAGGUUUUUGAGUCAGCCUUUCCAUGUUGCUGAGGUUUUCACUGGUGCCCCUGGUAAAUAUGUUGAGUUGAAAGAAAGCAUUGCUAGUUUCCAGGGAGUGUUGGAUGGGAAGUAUGAUGAUUUAUCAGAACAAUCGUUUUACAUGGUUGGUGGAAUUGAAGAGGUUAUUGCUAAGGCUGAGAAGAUUGCAAAGGAAAAUGCUUAAGAGGACACUAAUGGAUUCGAAUGUUUUGCUUGCUAUAAUUUGGACAAAAUUGAAUAAUUACUGUUUUGUUAAGUU